AUGGAUAAUACAAAGAGACAAACUAGCGAAUCAAUAGCAGCAACAAAACCAUCUCUAACUGUAAAUCCAAACCAUGAUGUACCAUUAUCAACCUCACCAAGUACAAGUGAAAAAAGAAAAAGUGUUUCAAUAACAUCAAUAUUUCAUAAAGAAGAUAAAGUUAAAGAUAAUGAUAAAAAAGAUAAAGAUAAAGAUAAAAAAGAUAAAGAUAAAGAAAAGAAAUUAAAAGAUGAUGAAGAGAAAGAACUAAAAUAUAAAUUAAAAGAAUUGGAGAAACAAAGACAAAAAGAAUUUGAAAAAGAGGAAAAAGAAAAACAAAAACAAAGAGAAAAAGAAGAGAAGGAAUUAAAAAAACAAUUAAAAAAACAACAAAAGAAAAAUGGUAAAUCAUCAACAUCAACAGCUUCAAAUAAUACAAGCACUGAUUUAACACAUACCGAAGAUGAUGAUACUUCAAUUCAAACUGAUACUUCAACUUAUUCAACUAGAUCUGUUGAUUAUUAUAACACAAGUUUUGAUAUUGAUCAUCAUCAUAAUAAUAAUAGUCAUAAUACUUCCAACCCAUCCUCAACUAAUAGUUCAUUAAGAGAAAAAGAAAAAUCAAAAAGAACUUCUAUAGCAUCUGAUUUAUCAAAUUUUGUAAUGAAGAAAUUACAUGUUUCUCAUAAAGAUAAUCAUUCUGUAAAUAAUAAUAAUAAUAAUAGUAAUAAUAGUAGUAGUAAUAUUGGAUCACCAAAUUCAUCAGAUUCAUCAUCUACUCUACAAUCACCCAUACAAUCACCACCCAUACAAUCACCACCAUUACAAUCACCACCAUUACAAUCAUCAUUACCUCAAUCACAACAAAAACAAAAUAAUAAUAAUAAUAACUUAAUUACUCCAGCAAUUAAUAUAAAUAAUAAUAAUAAUAAUAAUAAUAAUAAUAAUAAUAAUAAUAAUAAUAAUAAUAGUAAUAAUAGUAGUAGUAAAUCUACACCUACUUCUCCACUUAAAUCUAGCAGUAAUAAUGUGAAUAGUAAUAAUAAUAAUAAUACUACAACUACUACUACUACUACAACUAAUACUACUAUAGGUGGUGGAUUAUUCCCAUUGGGACAACAUCGUGGUAAUUCAAGGACAAAUGUUUUUAGUGGUUCAUCAAGUUUGCCAUCGAAUCCAACAUUUGGUGGUCAAGAUUUUGAUGAUACUGAUGAAUCAGAUGCAACAUUAUCAAGUGCAACGAAUAAUACAGUUAUUGAAUUACCAAGUCUAUCAAUUGAUCCACCAUCAUCGCAUUCACCACCACCAACUCCACCACUACCAACUCUACAACAACAGCAACAACAACAGCAGCAACUACAAACAUCUGAAAUUAAUAAGAAACAAGUUUUAUUAAAAUCACCAAAUUUAAAUCAACAACAACAACAACAACAGCAACAGCAAACAAUAACAUCGCCAUUUAUAGUAUCAACACCAUCUUCAUCAGUUGCAGGUUCACCAUCAAUUGAUAAUUUUCAUUUAUCACCAAAUAUUAAUCAGUAUCGUCAAUUACAUCAUAAUCAAGCAUAUAUGCAAUCAUCAUCGCCACAACAAUCGAGUGAACUUUGUAAUAGUGCUUCAUCAUCGCCAAAAACAUUUUUAAGUCAUUCACCAUCAAUAUCAACAUUUUUACAACAACCACACCAACAACCAAUACCACAACCAAUCAUUGAUUUAUCUGCAACUUAUCAUCAUCAACCAUAUGGUAAUUUAUCUAAUAAUUCCACAACUAUUAAUAAUACCAAUAGUAGUAAUAUUAAUAAUAAUAAUAAUAAUAAUCAUAAUUUUGAAGAGUUUUCAGAAGAAACUUUACAAAAAUCAGCAAUAUGUAAAAGAAAGAUGGAAGAUUUUUAUAGUUAUUUAUUUGAAUGUGAAAAGAAUUCAAGAUAUAAUCCAUUAAUGCAUAAAAGAAAGAUUAGUCAAAAGAAAUCAAUAUUGGAAAUUAAUUUAAAGCAAACAUUAAAAAAUAAACCAUUUCAUAGUUUAUUCAGUAGUGGUAGUAGUAAUAGUAGUAGUGGUAAUGGAGGUGCACCACCUACACCACCACCUCCACCUCCUCCACCACCAAUUCCAUCAUCUUCAUACCCAAAAAAAUCAAUAUUAUCAUCAUCAAGUUCAACAGAUUAUGACGCGCCAAUACAACAUCAUAUAUUUAAAUUUCAUCGUGAUCAUAAAAGAAGUUAUUCAACAAAUACACCACCUGAAUCUGAAAAUAAUAACAAUAACAAUAAUAAUAAUAAUAAUAAUAAUGGACAAUAUCAACAUGUAUCAUCAUCAAAUUUAGAAUCAGUAUUAAAAGAUUCAGAUAGUGCAAAGAGUAAAAGACAAAGUUUAUUACGUAGAAAGUUAAAUCCAAAUAGAUUAUCAUUAACUUUAUCACAUAGUCAAAAUAGAAAUUUACAAAAUAAUUUAGAAUCUACACCAAAUACAUAUAGUAAUGAUACUACCAAUAAUAAUAAUAAUAAUAAUCCAACUACACCAACAUCAUCAUCAUCAGGAAAACAACCAUUUAAUAUUUUACCAUCAUUUGAUGGUAGUAGUAGAUUAAAAAAGAUUCAAACUAAUAUUAAAGGUUUAUUUAAUGAUGGUAUAAGUAAACCAAAUAUUCAAAUGCCAUCAUUUCCAUUAAAAAAGAAUCAUUUAUUUGGAUUUGGUAAAAAUAAGAAAUCUCAUCAUAGAAAUCAUCAAAAUAAUUCAUCAUCGUUAAGUAAAAAUGUAAAUUCUGUAUUAAAUUCAUUGAAUAAUGAUGAUGAUUAUGAUGACGAUGGUGGUGGUGCUGGUGGUGCUGGUGAUGAUGAUAUUAGAAGUAGUAGUGGUGACGAUAGUGUAAUCAUUGAAUUUCAAAAACCUGGCAGAAAUCGUCAACUUUCAAGAGCCUAUAGAGAAAUGUUGCAAUUACGUCCUAAAGUGAUUGAAAUCUCUGAUCUAAGAAAAAGAUAUGAUUCAUUGGAAGAGAGAAUCCUUCAACAAGGUAAGGAAUUGGAUCAAUUGGAGGAUAAAUCUAAACAAUUCAAAUUUGAUCUCUUUACAAAUUUUGAAACUCUAAAUAGAUCAAGUGAAAAAUCAAAACAAUUCGUAUUGGAGAAUCAAGAGAGACAAUUUGAAAUUCAAUCGAAAUUAGAUAAAACUAAACCCUAUAUCGAUUCAACAUUAACUUCAAUUACAAAGUUAUUCAAUAAAUCAAAAUCUUUAGAAAAUACUGUACAAAUCUUAAAGAGAACAAAGAAAACUUCACCAUAUAUCAAUAUACUUUAUAAAUUCUUUAUGAUAUCUUAUAUAAUUCUCUUUUUCAAUUUAAUUGUAAAUAAAUUAACUUCAACUAUAACAUUACAAAAACAACAACAACAACAACAACAGCAACAGCAACAACAACAACAACCAUCAGCAAUUUUAAUAUCACCAAAUUCUUCGCCAAUUUCUUCACCAGUUUUAUUACCAACAACAACUACUUCUGAUACCACACCAGAAACAACAACAACAACAACAACAGAUAUAGAUACAAAUACAGAUAAUGUAAUAACAAAUAUCAAAUCACAAUCACCAUCUCACCCCUCUUCAACUUCAACCUCAAUAACAACAACUCCCACACCAAUAUCCUCGUUAUCAUUACAACAAGAACAACAAAUAUAUAGUACUACUAAUAAUAAUAAUGAUAAAAAAGAGGAUUCAAUUUUAUCUGAUAAUAAAAUUGAAAGUAUUGAAACAAAAAAAGAUAAUUUAGAUAGCACUGAAACUUUCAAAAAUGAUCUCGACAAAACUAAUCAUGAAAGUGACCAACAACAACAAUUAAUUGAUCAAAAUAAUAAUAAUAAUAAUAAUAAUAAUAAUAAUAAUAAUAAUAAUAAUAAUACAAAAGUAAUGAAAAUCGCAAAAUUCAAUUUAGAGGCCAUGAGUAAAACAAUUGCAAUGAUGAGAGAACAAGAUGACCAAGAAGAAACUAACUAUAAUUUUGAUUGA